AUGUUCCGAUUUGCAGCCGAAACUCACAUUACAGAUGACACAGCGGGGCCCUUGAUCAGUUUGACCACCAGGGAUGGAUCGAGGUACUUGUUUGGGAAAAUACCUGAGGGUACGCAGCGAACGCUCAAUGCUGUGGAUACUGAGUUCCGGUACCUCAAGCUACAGGGGAUUUUCAUCACGGGCACCAUUUUUACAUGGAAGGACAUUGGUGGUCUUCCCGGGUUGUUCUUGACCAUAAGCGACGCCAUGAAAAAGGGAGUUUCCGUGGUUGGGAACAGCAGCUUGUUGUCCUACAUUGUGGCUACUUGGCGACUGUUUGUGUUUCGCAAAGGAAUCGAGUUGGACAUUAUGAGCGUUGACAAGCUGCCGAUUGUCGCGAAUAAGGAACUAGUUAUAACGUCUAUUCAAACUCCGCCAAAAAAAAUGAGCAACAACGAAACAAAAACAAGUGUGACCGCGAGAAGAGACGAUUUGGAUAGGCAGGUUAAAAAAGUGGCGUCGUUGAUGUUCCCCUUGGACACGAGCGAGGUCAACAGUCGAGAUCCAGAAUCUUACAAACACGACCCUUCGGUGAGAGACCUCCAUACUAACGUGACGUUACCCCCCGUGGAAGAUUUGGUUCCUUUCCAGGACUCCGUCUCCUACUGCAUUGACAUUUUGCCCAUUCGUGGAAAGUUUGACCCUUUGAAAGCCAAGGGGUUGGGCGUGAAGCCGGGCCCCCAGUUCCGGGUUUUGACCGAGGGGGAGAGCGUGGUAACGGAAGCGGGCGUCACUGUGACUCCUCAACAGGUCUUGGGGCCGGAGAAAAUAAUCCCAAAGGUUUUGAUUAUUGAUAUCCCGAGCGAUGACUAUUAUGAAAACACAAUCACGAAUCAGCAGUUUUUCGAAGUUGGAAAUGUCGGGUUGGUCUACCAUCUUAUUGGCGAUAAAGUCACCUUCAAUGCGGAGGAGUAUAAGCAAUCGUUUAUUGACAAGUUCCCACCAAAUUGCCAGCACUGUAUAAGCCACAAAUCCACGGCCAACAAUGUGGUGUUGAAUGAAAAGUUUACCACUUGCCAGUUAAAGUUGAAACUCUUGUCGAAUGGCGAUUUCAAUCUUGUCAACCUGGAGGAAUUCCGGGACCUACCGACCGGCCCCGUCACGCGGAUGCACACUUUGCAAGUUUAUGGAUUGAACGAAUCUGGAGCCAAAAUCAACAACACGAGGGUCUCGAAAGCAUCAAACAAGUCCUUGUUCAUUGAAGGGUGUUUGCCGCUGCUGCUGCUGCUGCUGCUGCUGCUGCUUCCGCAAAUGAGCACAAAUGUGGCUUUUGAAGACAUGAAGGAUUCAAAAUUUGAUCUCCAAUGGGUUGAUCGUGCCAAACAACUCAAGGAUUCAGUCCAUAUUUGUACUCUUGGCACAGGAUCGUCCGUUCCCAGUAUUUACCGAAAUGCAUUGUCGACACUUUUAAGAAUCCCCGUUGAGUCCAAUGGUGGGGACAUUUCGUUCAAGUCUGUUGUUCUUGAUGCGGGAGAAAACACAAUCGGAAGCUUGUUGAGAAAUUUUUUUGGUCACAACAACGACGACAAAGAAUUAAAGGAAAAAGACGAUGAUUUCGAGGUGAUAUUUAAAGAAAUGCGCCUCAUAUACCUAUCACACCUCCAUGCUGACCACCAUUUGGGCAUCCCUUCGCUAAUCAGCAAAUGGUUUGACAUAAACGCCAAGGGAAACUUGUACAUGAUUGUGCCGUGGCAAUUUAUCAAUUUCAUCAAGGACUGGUAUAAUCUCGAAGGCAGAUACAACGACACAGUUGACAUGUCGAGGUUGAAAAUGUUUAGUUGUGAAGAUUUCAUUGUUGGCAAGCGAAUUCCCGAGUUUGCUCAGUUGAGUCUCGACAAGUUUGAAGAUGAGUUUGACCGUGCAAAUGGUGGAGGAGAUUCUACUUUUGUCAACCGCAGGGCAAAACUUGCACCGCGAGAUGCCGAUGCCAUCAGUGAAAUGUUUCAAGAUUGCGGGUUGAUCUCGGUGGAAGCUACACGCGCGCUCCAUUGCCCCUUUGCUUAUUCGUCGACUUUCAGAUUUAAGCUUUCGGCAGACGAGGACUUUAAGGUGUCAUUCUCAGGAGACACGCGUCCAAACCCAAAGUUUGCAGAGGUGGGCCGCGAGUCUGAUUUGUUGAUCCACGAAGCAACGUUAGACACCGAGUUGCUCGAAGAGGCUAUAGCGAAAAAGCAUUCGACGUUGAUGGAAGCUCUUGCCGUUUGCCUGUUGAUGAAGUGUCCGAGAUUGGUUCUAACGCAUUUCAGUACGCGAUUCCGUCUCGGUGAGAACAUUGUAAAGAGAAAAGACUGGCAGAAGGAAGCUGAAGCUUUAUCAAAGUUGUUAAAAAGCACCGCUUUAGCAGUUGACGUUUUGGAACAGUGCAAGGACGAGGAAGGAAAGUACAACUUUGACGAUUUAAAAGUGUGCUAUGCUUACGAUUUGAUGAACACAAGGUACGGCGAUAUUCCAAAGCAGGAAGAAAUAUGGCAAAACACUCAACAGAUGUUUGAAGUCAACGAACGGAAACGAAAACUUCUAGAUGACGAACUUGUUUGA